UGCUUUUAAGUAAACUCAUCACAUUCAUCAAAUCAAACCAUAUACAUAUAUUCUCUCUUUUUCUUUUCUUCUUCUUCUUAAGCUAUAGUAUAUACACAUUCUAUAUAUAUAUAUAUACAUUUUUUUUUUCUAAGGGAGAGAGAGAGAGAGAAUGAUGAUGAUGAAGAAUAGUGAUAAUAAUGUUAUGAUAAUAAUAGGAUUAAUAAUAAUGAGUGUAGUAGUAGUGAGUGAAGGUGCACCACAAGUACCAUGUUACUUCAUAUUUGGAGAUUCAUUAGUUGAUAAUGGGAAUAAUAAUCAACUUCAAUCAUUGGCUAGGGCUGAUUAUUUGCCUUAUGGUAUUGAUUUUCCUAAUGGUCCUUCUGGUCGAUUCUCCAAUGGAAAAACCACUGUUGAUGUUGUUGCUGAGCUAUUGGGAUUUGAGGAUUAUAUUCCAGCAUAUGCAACUGCUCGAGGCCAACAAAUUCUUGGAGGAGUCAAUUUUGCAUCUGCUGCUGCUGGCAUUAGAGAAGAGACUGGUCGUCAAUUGGGUGGUAGGAUAAGCUUUAGUGGACAAGUAGAGAACUAUAGAAACACAGUGUCACAAGUGGUGGAUUUGUUAGGAGAUGAGAACACAGCUGCUGAUUACUUGAGUAAAUGCAUUUACUCAAUAGGUUUAGGUAGCAAUGACUACCUAAACAACUAUUUCAUGCCUCAAUUCUACAACACCGGCUCUCGUUACACCCCCGAUCAAUACGCCGAUCUUCUCAUUCAAGACUAUGUCCAAAACCUAAGGACAUUGUACAAUUACGGGGCCCGGAGGUUUGCACUUUUUGGAAUCGGUCAAAUUGGGUGUAGCCCUAAUGAGUUGGCUCAAAAUAGCCAAGAUGGAACCACUUGCGUCGAAAAGAUCAACUCUGCGAAUAGAAUCUUUAACGCGAGGUUGAAGGGGACGGUUGAUCAGUUGAAUUCUCAGUUCAAUGAUGCAAGGUUCAUCUACAUUGAUGCUUAUGGUAUUUUUCAAGAUAUUGUUCAAAGUCCUUCCACUUAUGGAUUUAAGGUUACAAAUGCUGGGUGUUGUGGAGUAGGAAGAAACAAUGGUCAAAUUACAUGUUUACCCCUACAAACACCAUGUCAAAACAGAGAUGAGUACUUAUUUUGGGAUGCAUUUCACCCAACUGAGGCUGGAAAUGUUGUUGUUGGAAGAAGAUCUUACUCUGCUCAACGUGCUUCUGAUGCUUACCCAAUUGAUAUUAAAACCCUAGCUCAACUCUAAUCAUCAAAUAUAUAUACAUAUCUCAUGAUUAUAUAUAUAUAUAUAUAUAUAUAUAUCAUGAUAUGUGAUGAAUGAGUUCUAGUACUACUAUACCAUACUACUACUACUAAUUAAUACAUAAAUUUAUGUUUUGUUGUGAUAUCUAGCUCAAAUUUGUUGCAAUUAUAUAUAUAAAUUUGGCUUUAAAUAUUACAAGGGUAUAGUGGUAAUUUUGUUUGCAGUUGGUUUUGUUGUAUCUUAUGUCAAUUAUUUAGAGUCCUUCAUAUCCAAAAGUUGGUUUGUGGGAAAAAAAACAAAUAUUUUUAUAUAUUAUAAUAAUGUGUUCAUGAAUUUGAAUUAUUGUUAUUUUCUCUUUUAAAUAAUAAUAAUAUUGAUAUUUUUUGUAA